UCGUCUGCUGGCCUCUGAAAUGGGCUCGACUAAUCAGCCCUGAUUUCAUCCAUAUUUCUUUAUCAUAUUAACUGUUCUGAAAGCUGAAGGCAGUCGAGGCAUAUCCACAAUGAUAUUUGGAGGUGAGGCGGUGGAUGAGGUCAGCUGCAGGUUCUCAGAGCUGGUUCCUGUGGUGCUGACUGCCUGGCCAACGGGCUCCACUCCCCGUGCUGCACAGUAAAGAGCAUUUCACGCCCAGACAAGACCACACGGCACCGCCAUGAAGCCGGGUCACGAGCGCAAUCAGGAGUGCCUGCCUCCCAAGAAGAGGGAUCUUAACAACAGCACCAGUAGCAGUAGUGCUACUGGUGGGGCAGGAUGUGGGGUGGGAGGGGGGGAGGAAGUGCCCUCCACUCAGAGCUCAGGGGUCAGUAGUGACACUCAGGGAGGUGGCACAGCAGAGGAGUGGCUGCAUGCUCAGCCUGGUCUACACUAUGGAGUAGAGAGUGCUGAGGGCCUCCAAGGGCUGCCUGUUGACCAGUACAGCAUGCUCUAUAGGGUGGCUCUCCCCUCUGUCUCCUACUCCCAGACCAAUCUACACCCAGUGUUAAGCCAUAUCUCUCCAGCUUACACUGUCCCCUCAUCUCUCCUACAGCAUCAUCCAGGUAUCUCCUAUCCCCCUCUAGGCUAUGCCCAGAUCCCCCACUCAUCUUUCCAGUUUGUCUCUCCAUAUGGUGCAGUCCCUUAUGCAGUCCCCCCUGGCUUUGUUCCCAGCACCCUGAUCUCUCCCUCAGUUGCCCUCUCCCAGCCCCACCUGGUCCCCUACCAGUCAGUCAUCCAGGAGGGGGUGGUCUCCCCUCCUACCCAGCCCCAUGUAUCUGCCCAUGCCUUUGCCAAAGUGGGGUCAUCUGGAGGGGUCCCGCUGAUGCUGACCUCGGAACAGGCUGCCCAGCACCAGCAGCACCUGGGCCCGCUGCCCGCCGCAGAGCUCAGUCCUCGGGGAGUGCCUGUCUUUUACCAUCCUCAGGGCACCAGGGCUGCGCCUGCCCCCAGGGACCCCUACAGCGGGGAGCAGGAGACGGAUAGGGAGGUGAAUGGAGGGGAGAGGGAGCAGGCAGCCAGGGAGAUGCUCCAGGACUCCGUCUACAACGCCAGGAAUGCAAGGUUGCUGCAGGCAGCAUCUGCCUCUGUAGCACUGGAGCACUCACAGGACAGAAGCCUGAAGAGCCGCAGGCUGGACGAGAGGGCUUCGCCUGGGCAGCGCAGCACCCCAGACACUGACCUGGAGGUUCAGCAGGUUGUUGGUCGCCUAGCCUCUCCUGUCCAAGGUGUGAGUGGAGGGCGCAAAGAGGUGUCCUUUGGUCCCCUGAACCUAUCCCAGGGCUCCCAGAGAGGCAGAGAGGCUCAUGGGGAGAGUACUGGCCGGACAGCAUACGCGAUCCACCCUGUGGUGUAUGGAGACCCCAGGGUGACGGCCCAUCAACAGCAGGCAGGGCAGCCAGGCCACGCGGUCAUCUUGGCCAAUGGACAGACAGUCCUGGUCCCCUUAGACUAUCAUCAACAUCAACAGCCACCCCAGCACUACCCCAGCCGGACCAAUGACGACACCUCUGCUGUCACCAUGGCCUCCCCCACCACCUACUCUAAAGCCUCUGAGUCUCCAGCCAGAGUCUCCAGCUUCCUAGACAGGGCUGUGGUGGAACUGGCUGCCGUGGAGCAGCAGCCUAUUUCUGUUCCAGUCGCGGCAGCCCUCACACAGGCCCUGGCCCCGGCGCCCAACACUGCCCCCUCCAAUCCCUCCCAUUUCAUGAAGGGGGCCAUCAUCCAGCUGGCCACGGGGGAGCUGAAGCGUGUAGAGGACCUGCAGACUCAGGAUUUUGUGAGGAGUGCUGAGGUGAGCGGGGGGCUGAAGAUCGACUCCAGCAUGGUAGUGGACAUCAGGACCAGUCAGCAGAGAACCGGCCUGGUGGCGCUGCACUUCACAGUUGGCGAGCAGCAGAGCAAGGUGACCAUCGACGUGCCCCCGGAACACCCCUUCUUUGUGUUUGGCCAGGGCUGGUCCUCCUGCAGCCCAGAGCGCACGGCCCAGCUCUAUGGCCUGGCCUGCCACCACUUGCAGGUAGGAGACGUGUGUGUGUCCAUCACUCUGCAGCAGCCGCCCCAGCAACAGAAACAGCCCCAGCAACAGAAACAGCCCCUGCAGCAGCAGCAACAACAACAGCAGCAGCAACAACAACAACAACAACAACAGCAGCAGCAGACCCAAGCCAGGACUUCCACCAAAGUCAACUCCACAUCAGGGGCCAUCAGCCAGUCCAUGGGGCCCCCUGCCCCCCAGCAGCCCAGGCCACAGCCUCACUUCAGGAUGGAACGCGUCCACAGGGAGAGGGAGAGGGGGGAUAAAGAGGAGCCCAUGCAACUAGGGGGUGUUGUGCAGAGUGAGAUGCCCACCAGACCAAAUAGGACUUCAGCAGAGCAAACUAGGAGCCAGAGCAGUUACUAUUUGCACACGGAGGGUUCUGCUCGCCCAGGGGCGGGGUUGGGAGUGGUGUCGACAGUGUCGAGCGCGUCUCAGAGGCGCUGGUCCGCCCCCGGCCUUCAGAGGUACAUGAAGGUAGAGGAAGGGGCGCACUCUCAGCUGGGCCCCUCCGGCUCCUCUCGACCCUCCUUCAUCCCACAGGAGGUCAAACUGUCCAUCGAGGGGCGCUCUAAUGCUGGGAAGUAGCACCAACCAUGGCAGUCCACACCACAGAAGAGACUGUCAGAGGAGUGAAAGCAGCAGAGAGGUGGAAAAGGGGAAAAAGAGUGGGAAUGUAGCCUCUGAAUGUUUGAUAUUUUGCACACCUAAUAAAAUUACAAGUUCUUUGUUUUCAGGGGAAUUACCUGGUCUGGUGGCUGGUCAGGUCUGCUCUAUUUGCCUGUUAGUCAGUCAGGACAGCUCCUGGUCCAGUGAUCAGGAGAUUAGGUCUCUGCUCUCCCAAGCUGACAGGGAGCGCGGAUGCAAAAGCAGGGAGUGUUUGUAGCUGGUGAAUCACCUACCAAAGUCUUCAGACUGCAUCUUCCUUCCGCCCAACCAACCUCUCAGAACCAUCCUUAUCGGAGGUGAACCAACCUCUCAGAACCAUCCUUAUCGGAGGUGAACCAACCUCUCAGAACCAUCCUUAUCGGAGGUGAACCAACCUCUCAGAACCAUCCUUAUCGGAGGUGAACCAACCUCUCAGAACCAUCCUUAUCAGAGGUGAACCAACCUCUCAGAACCAUCCUUAUCAGAGGUGAACCAACCUCUCAGAACCAUCCUUAUCAGAGGUGAACCAACCCCUCAGAACCAUCCUUAUCAGAGGUGAACCAACCCUCAGAACCAUCCUUAUCAGAGGUGAUCACAUUCACUGGACUUUCUCUCUUCUUUGACCAAACCAUCUCCUCUGGAAACCCAAGACUGGGGAGAAUAUAUAGCUCAUGUCUGGUAGACAGACAACAGGGUCUGACACAGUGACAAGAACAUAGCUAUCCUAUUAUGCUCUCUCUCCCCCCACAUUUCUAUUUUGGUCUGUUACCUUCAAAAGCGUUCUCCCAAAAAGACUAAAGGUGCACUUGCGGUGCUGAAUUGCUGGCAUUGGCACAUAUAUGCUUUUCCCUCUAAUGAUGUUGGUUCUCUUGAUGCAGACUCUUGAUGUGUGUCAUCGUAACUUAGUGUGCUUCUCUAGUAGGAGCAGAGGACUUCUACUAAGGAACAGACACUCUCCCUCAUCUCCCUGCCUCUCCUCGUAGGGCCCAGUCUGCUGAGAUAGGGUCUGAGAGGAGGGCAGGCAGCCUUAGAGGUCUUUCAAUCAGCUCCUUCAAUCAACCAAUCAGAACCUAGGAAACCGCUCAUUCCAGUAUCAUAGUGAUUAUCAGUGACCACAAGACAAAACAACACUCAUCUUCCCGAAUGCAGCCCUUCCUGCGUGCUAUACCUCUCGGCAUUCCUCUGCCUGACUGGUGACUGUUUACUGUCACUGUAUUUGUAGGUACCACUACUGGAGGCACGGGCUGCUCCACUAAUGUCGCCUGUGGGAAUGAAGCCUGCAUGGAGCAGUACUGGCUGCAGCCCGUCAUGGACGGUGAGGGCCAAAGAGUGGGACCCUGCCCCCAUAGAGCCAUGUUGGCCCCCAUAGAAUCUCUUCAGUUCAGCUGGGCCUAUGAGGGGGAGCCCUGUGUGUGUUGGAGGGGAUGGAGUUGGCCCUGCUUCAUACCUUUUUCACACUAUUGUCUCAACACAAACUGGGGGGAUCUUUUGGCUUGCUUUCCAGUAUAUAUAAUUGGUGUAAGGUUAUCCUGCCAUUUCCCAGUCUGGUUUAGGUUGUUCAUGGUUAGCUAGCUAUGUGCCUCUGCUCGUUUAAAAGCAGGAUGGCACUAGAUAUGUUAUCUGGCCAGGUCAGCUUACACGACUGUGUGAAAUGGGUAUAUGAGUCUAGUCAAUCCUUGCUCAGUUACCAAAAUCAAAGCAAUAGUGGCUUUUCUGUUUCUUUUGGCUUUUCUGUGUAUUUUGUUAUUGUUUUUAUAUUAAAAUCUUGCGUAUCAGACUAAUACUAUCUUUAACCCUGACCUGAAACGUUCCUGCUUUUCAAAGGUGAUGCACAAUUUGUCUCUGAAAUGUUUUGUUCUUUGUAUGGUUAUUACAGAUUCACAAUCAAAGCAUGUCUUUUGAAAAUAAUUUGUUUUCAAAAACCAGGCAUUUCCUCUGGAGAGAAUAGUCUCAUUUCUGAUGGACUGGUGGUUCAGGCUCUGAUCCUCACGGAUAGUAUUCAUUAUGGUUUUAUAUGGUUACCCUAUAUGGUUUUUUUAUGGUUACCCUAUAUGGUUUUUUUAUGGUUACCCUAUAUGGUUUUUUUAUGGUUACCCUAUAUGGUUUUAUAUAGUUUCCCUAUAUGGUUACCCAAUAUGGUUUUUUUAUGGUUACCCUAUAUGGUUUUUUUAUGGUUACCCUAUAUGGUUUUAUAUAGUUUGCCUAUAUGGUUACCCAAUAUGGUUUUAUAUGGUUACCCUAUAUGUUUUUUUUAAUGGUUACCCUAUAUUGUUUUAUAUAG